AUCUCCCACUGCUACUUGACCUGAAUGUGUAAUUCAGGCUUUUCAACUAUUUGGAGAACUUUGACCUUCUGGAGGCAUGGUGUUCUAACCCCCAAUUCUGGUUCUAGGCAGCCUAUUCUGCUCUGAACUGCCUGGCUUGUUUUGAUUAGUUUAAGUUAGAGCCUGAGGCCAAUGGGAGUCAGCCUCAGUUUUAAAUCCCAGCCUGCCCUAUGGGCUUCCCGCCCCUUCCCAUCCCCUGCAGACUAGAAAGACCUGUCCAGGCUGGGUUUGGACUACAACUCCCAGCGUGCCUGGCAGAGUAGUGGCCUCAGUGUGCCGGCUGCACCAGUUUCGGGCCACGAUGCAGCGGACAGUCAGUGUGCUAGCCCCUCUGGGUUUUCGCCUGCAAGCACAACCCUUGGUCCAGAGUCGCCCACUCAGUUCUGCACAGGAUGUGCUCCGCAGGACUCCACUCUAUGACUUCCACCUAGCCCAUGGAGGGAAAAUGGUGGCCUUUGCAGGGUGGAGUCUACCUGUGCAGUAUCGUGACAGUCACAUUGAUUCACACCUGCACACACGCCAGCACUGCUCUCUCUUUGAUGUGUCCCACAUGCUACAGACCAAGAUAUUUGGCUGUGACCGAGUGAAGUUGCUGGAGAGUAUAGUGGUUGGAGACAUUGCGGAACUAAGGCCUAACCAGGGAAUGCUAUCUCUGUUUACCAAUGAAGCUGGAGGCAUCUUAGACGACCUGAUUGUGACCAACACUUCUGAGGGGCACCUGUAUGUAGUAUCCAAUGCUGGCUGCCGGGACAAGGACUUGGCUCUCAUGCAGGACAAGGUCAAGGAGUUCCAGAACAGGGGCAGUGAUGUAGGCCUGGAGGUGGUAGAUAAUGCCCUGUUAGCUCUGCAAGGACCCACUGCAGCACAGGUGUUACAGGCUGGCGUGACAGAUGAUAUGAGGAAACUGCCCUUCAUGACCAGUGCUGUAAUGGAGGUAUUCGGUGUGUCUGGCUGUCGUGUGACCCGCUGUGGCUACACAGGAGAGGAUGGUGUUGAGAUUUCAGUGCCAGCAGUAGGGGCAGUCCACUUGGCAACUGCUCUGAUGAAAAACCCAGAGGUAAAGCUGGCAGGACUAGCAGCCCGAGAUAGCCUGCGCCUGGAGGCAGGCCUCUGUCUGUAUGGGAAUGACAUUGAUGAACAUACCACACCUGUGGAGGGCAGCCUCAGCUGGACACUGGGGAAGCGCCGGCGAAUUGCUAUGGACUUCCCAGGAGCCAAAAUCAUUAUUCCCCAGCUGAAGGGUGAGGUGGAGCAGAAACGUGUAGGGUUGAUAUGUGAAGGCGCUCCAGUGAGAGCACACAGUCCUAUUUUGAACACAGAAGGCACUGUGAUUGGUACAGUGACCAGUGGCUGCCCUUCACCCAGCCUGAAGAAGAACGUGGCGAUGGGUUAUGUGCCAUUCAAGUACAGUCGGCCAGGGACACAGCUGCUGGUGGAGGUUCGGCGGAAGCAGCAAAUGGCAGUGGUUAGCAAAAUGCCCUUUGUGCCCACAAACUACUAUACUCUCAAGUGAAGAUGGCCCAUGGGAAAGCCAGUCCCUCCAGGAGGAUUUCUCUAGAGGGCAUUCCAUAGCGCUUAGUCAGAACAGGGGAGUACAACUCCCAGGGGUGGAAGCUGAGUGAAGUUUGCUGGGUCUGCUUAGGGUUGGGGAGAGAAUCCCAUCUAGACUCUUUCCCUUACAAACCAUUCCAAUUUUAGGGACAAUGUUUAAAUGACAAAUCACCUUACUUAAUGUCCUAUUUUAGUCCACAAUCCCACUAACCUUGACCUGCCUGGUGCUGGCUAUGGAACAAAGGUCUGCCUCUGUGCAGAGGAUAACACCUGCUCACCUACCUCUCUAUGGUUUCUCUAAUUUCAAAGGACUAUCUCUGUGGACAGUGUGCGCUUAGGUACCUUCUCCACUCUGCUUUCCAUGAAUGCAUACUCCUGCCUUUCCUUAGAUAGAAAUGACUCCUGACUCAGUGUUGGCUAAGGCUGUUGCUGUGUGCAAACAUAGGGAUGGCUGAGCAAACAUGGGACUCACCCUUCCACAUUCCCUAGUCAACCCAGCCUGCUGUGCAGCAGGACAUGGCAGGCUUAGUUCUUGGCUGACCUCGGUCAGCUGUUGUGAAUAAUUAUACUUUACUAACUCUUGAAAAAAAUUAAAAUUUCUUUCCUUCUUAUU